UCGGGCAGCUUCGGAGAAUCGAGAAAGAGGGCGAGCAUCAGUCUGUCUUUGUCGAUUCCCCGAAACUUCACGAGCUGGUGACGAGCUCAUUUGUGCGUGAUCCGGCAUAGUGCGAGGUAGCGGAGUUAGGUGUCCCCGGUGUACCCGGGGAUCAGUCUAGUAUCUUUGUUACUAACGUUUAAGUAUGGUAUCAUCAUGGUGUUACUUAAUUUUACCAAUAGUAUUAUUUAUUGGUUUACUACGAAAAUGUCGCGAACGUACUUGGGGAAGAUAUAAGAAUAUGGACAGUUUGCAAGGUCGGGUAUUUAUCGUGACUGGUGCAAAUUCAGGUAUUGGUAAAGAAACAGUGAAAGAAUUGGCAAAAAGAAAAGCUACGGUUAUCGUGGCUUGUAGAAAUUUACAAAAUGCUCGCAAAGCUAUAUCUGAUAUACGCUCUCAAAUAUUUACUGGAGAACUGGUCCCAAUGCAAUUAAAUUUAGCAUCAUUCUCAUCAAUCAGAGAAUUUGUUACAGAAGUGACAAGAAAUUUUACUCAAAUUCAUGUAUUAAUUAAUAAUGCUGGAGUAUACGUACCUGCUAAAGAACAUGCUUUAACAGAAGAUGGAUUUUCAAUUCAUUUUGGUGUGAAUCAUUUAGGUCAUUUUCUGCUUACGAAUUUACUUUUAGAACAUUUGAAACAAAAUGCACCGAGCAGGGUUGUGAUCGUGACGUCUAAGCUCUUUGAAUUCGGUGUAAUAGAUUUCUCAAACUUAAAUGGUGAGAAAGAGGUGACAAUUAAAGGACGUAUGAAUCCUGCCUAUUGUAAUUCAAAGUUAGCAAAUACCUAUUUUGGUAUUGAACUUGCAAAACGAACUGAGAAUAGCGGUGUUAAUGUUUACAUGGUUUGUCCUGGAUUCACUUACACAGGACUGUUCAGAAACGUUAAAAGAAGUUGGUUUCAUUACAUAAUGUUUUCACCUGUAGCUUUACUGUUUUUACGUACUGCAAAUCAGGGUGCACAAACUGUGUUAUACUGUGCGAUUGAGCCUUCCUUAUCUAAUGAGAGCGGCAAUAUAUAUCGUGAUUGUAAACAGUAUUUUUCAAAAAAAGUACUAGACCCUGAUGUAGCACUGCGCUUGUGGGAUGUAAGCGCAAAACUGACUGGUAUUAAUAGUUUUGUAACCAUGGACGAAAAAUCCCGUGAUGUAAUAUGAUUCAUACAACACCCCGGACGAGAUAUCUCGCAAGUCUGUUUUUCUGAACGUCGUUCGUCGGAUGAUUUAGGCGAUGAUUUUUGCAAAGGUACCGCCAAUACAAUAAAAAUAUUAUCUGAUAAAACGGUACAUAAGAUUCCUGAAUGAAUAUUUUUAUGUAUGCAAACUUACAUUAUUUUAUUUUGGAUAUAUACUCAAUGGCCAUUUGACAUUUAUUUUUGUAUAUAAAUAUAACAGUGAAAUCAUAUAGUAAGUUUAAUAAAUUAUUGCCAUAGGUUUCAUAAGAAAUAGUAACAUAUUUUUGUUUGCAUUGUUAUAAAUAAAAUACUACAUUGUAUAGUUUUUUAAAAUACUAGAAUGUUGAAAAUAUCUUAAAUUCUAUUAAUUAC